CAAGUCAAAAUAAUACAAGAAAUUUAUGGUGAGAAAGAAGGGGAAGUGGAGAAAUAAUCGGUUGGUAUAUAAGCCACAAAUGGUUGCUAUUUAUAAGAAUGUAGUGAGUUUUAGAGAGAGAAAAUAACAACCCCAACAAAACAAACAAGGACGAAAGUAGAGAGGAAAAAAAAAAGGAGAGGAAGGGCUUCCGUCGGACACAGAGGCCGCCUGGCCAUGGCAGUUUCCAGUCAUUCCAUUUCCGCGGCUUUGCCAACUCUUCAUCUUGGCGGAAAGGAACAUACCAUUCAGACUGGCUGCGGUUCUGUGUCUGUUACUGUGUAUGGAGACCAAGAAAAGCCACCAUUGAUUACUUAUCCCGAUUUAGCUCUAAACCAUAUGUCAUGUUUCCAAGGACUCUUUAUCUCUCCUGAAGCGGUUUCCUUGCUACUCCACAACUUCUGCAUUUAUCACGUCAGCCCUCCUGGUCACGAGUUAGGAGCUGCAUCGAUUCCUAAGGAUGAUCCCGUGCUUUCUGUUGAGGAUCUUUGUGAUCAAAUACUUGUGGUCCUCAAUCAUUUUAGGCUUGGUUCAGUAAUGUGUAUGGGAGCGAUGGCGGGUGCCUACAUUCUUACACUGUUUGCGAUUAAGUAUAGUGAAAGAGUUACCGGUUUGAUGCUUAUUUCCCCUCUAUGCCGAGCACCUACUUGGAACGAGUGGCUUUACAAUAAGUUCAUGUCGAAACUGCUCUAUUACCAUGGUUUAUGUGACUUGUUAAAAGAGUUAUUGAUUCACAGAUACUUCAGUAAGGAAGUCUGCGGUAAUCUAGAAUUCCCAGAAUCAGCUAUGGUCACCGCAUGCAGGAAGUUAUUGGAAGAGAGAGACAGCCUUAACGUGUGGAGGUAUCUUCAAGCAAUUGAUAGGAGAGCUGACAUCUCAGAAAAGUUAGAGAAUCUAGAAUGUAAAGCAAUUAUUUUCGUUGGGGACAGCUCUCCGUUUCAUGACGAAGCCCUCCACAUGGCCAAACAGUUGGGUAGUAAGUGUUCUGCUUUAGUUGAGGUACAUGCAUGUGGAUCAAUGGUGACAGAAGAACAACCCCAUGCAAUGCUGAUCCCCCUUGAAUGUUUCUUGAUGGGGUAUGGAUUCUACAGACCAUGCCGGUUUAGUGGUAGCCCAAAGAGCCCUCUCAGCCCUUGCGGCAUUGAUCCCAAGCUUCUCUACCCUCAAAGCAUGGGUGUGAAGCUUAGACCAAUAAAAACACGGGUAUCCAGAUAAUACUUUCUUACUUUCGUCCAACUUAAAAAAAAAAAUACAAAAUUCACAGAUGUAGAAACACAUAUAGAUAUGGGGAAUAUUUUCUUGGAAAGGUAGAUAUAUACAUGUAGAUACAGAGGAGUGGAUAUGUAUGCGAUGAAUGAUUAGAAUUAACACUCAUUUGUAGUCUUUCAUGAAUCUGAAACUCUGUACUCCAUACAGAUGAAAAA